AUGCAUUCGGAGUUUUCGGAUGAAGACAUUAUGGCCUUGUUCGAAGAAGAGUUAGAGGAUAAGGACAUGGAUAAGUGGGUCGUGUGGUUCGACGGCGUGUCCAAUGCCCUAGGCCAUGGGGUUGAGGUGGCUUUAGUCUCUCCCGACAAUCAAUGCAUUCCCUUCACAGCUAGAUUAGGUUUCGAUUGCACGAACAACAUGACCAAAUACAAGGCAUGUGCCCUCGGGAUCCAAGCGGCAAUUGACUUCAAUGUCAAGUUGCUCAAAGUGUACGGAGAGUCAGCCUUGAAAUUGGAUGAGUUCUUCGAUGAUGUCUCUUUCUACCAUGUUCCCAAAGAGGAGAAUCAAAUGGCCGAUGUGCUUGCCACUCUAGCAUCCAUGUUCCAGCUGACUCCGCACGGAGACUUGCCGUACAUCGAGUUCAGAUGUCGCGGCAAGCUCGCACAUUGCUGUUUGAUAGAGGAGGAACAAGAUGGUAAACCUUGGUACUUCGACAUCAAGCGAUACAUCGAAAACAAGGAGUACCCACAAGAGGCUUCCGACAACGACAAAAGAACAUUAAGAAGGUUGGCAUCCGCGCCGUGGCCCUUCUCCAUGUGGGGAAUGGAUGUGAUUAGGGCCAUUGAGCCCAAGGCUUCGAACAGGCAUCGCUUCAUCUUGGUUGCAAUCGAUUACUUCACCAAAUGGGUUGAAGCCUCCUCAUACUCCAGCGUCAUGAGGAGCGUGGAAGUCCCUUCUUUGAGGAUUUUGGCAGAGUACGGGCUGGAAGAAUCGAAGUGGGCCCGAGCAUGCUUUGAUUAG